UCAUAGUCAGCCAUACGUCAGUUCGAUGUAACACCGAGCGGUCGUGUUCUCCUGGGCUCAUUGUAGUUCGCACGAAAGCCCUAUAACAGUGUCUAUUCAAAUGUAGUCGCCUUGCUGCUAUCAAUUAAGAGCCUUUAGAAGUUCGAGAGGAAAACCGAUGAAAGCAUCCGUAGCGGUCUAGAUCAGAUUCGACCGUCUCCGAGCGUCCAACACAGGACUUUCCCGAUGGGUUGAGAACGCCUACGUUGUGUGCUGUGGUCACGCCACUGACGCUGGUAAAAAGUCACUUACUGAAAGAACCUGGUGUUGAUCACCAAAAAUUUCGCACAGAAAAGCGGAUUCCAAUGUCUUCGAGCAGACCUGUCGGAGCAUCGCCAGGGAACCCGUGAACACCGGGAUUGGUCAUCGGACGUCCGAUGCGCUCUCCCCCAUUGGAGCUAAUCAUAUACACGCGCUGUCACUUCAUUGUUAUUAAAUUCCUGAACAUCUUUUAUAUUUUAUAGUUUUCUAUAUUUUCUUUUUUGUUGAUGCAAAUAAAAAUAAAACAAAAUGACCAAAAUCCUGAAAGUAGUUGGAGCGUCAUGGCUCCGAACGAAGAUCAGCUCGUAUAUACUGGGAAUAAUUGGAGUUCUUGCAAUAGUGGCGCUCUUUGUUGGCCAGUUUGAUAGAACUCAAGAGGACGGAAAUUAUGCAGCCACAGUAUUCUACUCAAACAAGACUGGAUAUCGCAUCGAGUAUUGGGGUCAGAGCAACGACCUAUCUGACAUACCCAAGGGAGUCGCCCGAGCACACUUCCGAAUGGACAUUGAUACAACUGGUUGGUCGCUAUUGGAAGUGGAAACCGAUGGUUCGUACCCAGAUGAGAUCCAAGCGUACGCAGCAGGCAUAGUUGAGGGCGCUCUCACCUGGUACCUAAUCCACACUCACCUGGAAAAUACCAUUCGCGCCAGGUGCGAAGACCAAGAAAAGCAAUGCGACAAGCUCAGGGACGCCCUGGACCGCUCCGUCAACAUCUGGAAGACAAAAUCAUCGGAGCGAGCAGCGGCUGAACCAUUCUGGCAUCAAGUUUCGUUACACUACACUCAAAUCAGCGGCAUCUACACCGGCUGGAAGCACGGGGUAGACCGCAGCAUGAAGGAGUACGACCACGACAUAUCGGACUUGCACUGGUUGAACGCCGUGGCCGAGACCGUGGAGUUCCAGCGUAAGAUGAACUGGACGCUGCGCGACCCUGCCUUGGACGCGGUAUCAGGCUUAUCCAGUGCGUUUUUGAGGAUCGUUAACGAAACAUCUGCAGAUGGAACCGCAGCUAUCAAGCUUUACGUUGCUCAUAAUGCUGCUGGGAGCUAUUCGUCAAUGACCAGAAUACUAAAGCGCUACAAGCUUAACUACCACCUAACAUCAAAGAGCUCAACGCUAGUGUCUGGUACGACCGUGGAGUUCUCCGGUUACCCAGGCUCUGUCACCAGCCAGGACGAGUUCUACAUGGUACAGGGCGCCGGGCAUAGCAUGGCCGUCACCGGGACCUCGCUCAAUAACUACAACAGUCAACUGUGGAAGGAUGUCAACAUCACUGUGCAAAUUCCCACGGCGCCGCGCGUGGCAACCGCUAACCGCCUCGCUUCCAACCCUAGUGCUUGGGCGCACAUACUAGCUGUAAGCAAUUCUGGCACAGCGAGCAAACAGUGGCUUGUCGUCGAUUUCACCGCACUCGGCCAUUUGGAUGACUCCGGCAAAAGGGCAGAUAGGAAGGAGUUUGUUCCCAUGACUGGCUUAAACCAAGACGUAAGGCACAUAAGUGUAAUUCGCAAUAGCACCGGUCACCAAAAGGGUUUGCUGCGUCUCAUAGAACAGGUGCCCGGACGCACUCACUCAGCUGACCUAACGGAAACCUUGCUAGAGCAGGGCUUUUGGGCCACAUACGGGUUGCCGUUCUUCGAGGAUAUUUCCGAACAUACGCACGUAAACCGAAUGAAAGAAGAAUACGGGGAAAUAUUCUCGGAAUUCCAAUCAUCCCGAGCCGUAAUGUUCAAGAGAGGCUACAAGAACGCCACGUCUCUAGACAACAUCAUAGCCCUGAUGAGACAGAACAACGUCACAGCCAUAAACAGAGCUAGCAACGAGACCAUGGAGUGUACUGGAAAUGUCCCAUGUAUCUUACAAGACAACGGUUACUGGUCAGUUCUGGGGGUGCGUGGUGACAUCGCGCACCACAAGGAAGCCUAUGGAGUUAUCGACACUAAAGUGGUUGUAGGGCAAGCAAACCAGCGCUCAUUCGUCGCCAUAUCCAGCCCGCCGUACUCAAACUCAACAACCAACACAACCAUCCCCCUCAACAAAGGCACCGUGGCCACCAUCUACACCGACCAGUUCGACGAUGAGCCCACCAUCAACGGGCCUGAGAUCAGAGACCUCGUAAAGAAACAGCUAGAAGAAGAAGCUCAGGAAACUCUGGAACUUCUAAACAGGGAUGUCAUCAAACCCUUCCAAUGGUCUGAAAGUGAAUUCCAGAACAAUACCCACCAAGGCUUACCCGAUACUUGGAACUUUGGCUCCUUCACACCAGUUUGGUCGUGGUGAAUCUCUUAGCGUCCUUUAAAUCAUAAUAAUUAAAUGUAGAAUAGUGGUGUAACGUCUAUAGAACAUUAUCCCAGCAGCUUACAGUCCAAGUUCCAGAGAUGUCUAAAAAGAAAAUGCUACUUCAUUUUCCGAUAUUAAAGAUGUUCAUAAAAUAGACAUUGUAUCACUAAUGUAGGAUAAAAUUGUGUAAGUAAUAAAAUCGAUAUUUUUUAUUGUUUUACCCAUUGUAUUCAAUGGCCGUUUGACAUCCGUCCGAUUUUACAUAAUCGCCGAUGAAAUCACCUUUACUAGAUUCCUUUUUUAAUCGUUAAUUCAAUGUUUUAAGUAGUUAUAUAGAAUUAUUUAUUCAAUUUAUGUUCGUGUUUGUUAGAACGUGUCGUACCUUAUGAUUUAAGAGAAUUGUCAUAUUUACGUCGUCAGUAGGACCUAUGUUUUAUUCCCAAGAUGAAGUAUUGUCACCUACCCGACUGGGUACCUAUUCGAAGGAGUCACAAAUAAAAGUGCCAACAUUUCUCAUAAAAAGAUGUAGUUAAAAUACUAUUUUUUCCUUUAUACCUUUGUAUGUACUUAAGAAAUAAUUUUACCUACAAUGAUUGUUCUUUUUUAAUAAAAAUGAAGUGACCUGAAAAAUUAAAAGAAUCGAUUUUGCUCUCGAAAAUAUACCUAACAAAAAUA